GCGCUCUACAGCAGAGAAUGCAGAAGUCCACCGCGAUCUGACUGACACACUCUGCCAGGAAAGCGUCACUGUGAUCCAGACACCUGAAUCAUCUCUUUAACAUCCAAUUGGGUGGUGGUUUGCAGAAGAACUCUGAUUGGCCUGUGACCAAACAAGCACCAGUGGCAGCUGCAGGAGGCAGGAGAGAAACAGAGACAGAGAGAGAGGUGCAGAGAGACAGGAGGAGAGCUCUCAGAGGAAUCGCAGGAGGACAGAGGACUCUACCGAGGAGGGAACUUGUGUCAGUGGGGGUGCUGCUGUCUGUUGUAUAUCUGCCUGAAGCAGGAAGAUGACAUGCUGAAUAAAUGGGUGGUGAUCUGGUCCAGAACCUGUCUUAGAAUGUCUAUGUCACAGUGAAAACAUCUAGCUGUGUCAACACUAGUCCCAUCAAGGUCCAUCAGAAGCAGACAGCAUGCAGAACCUCCGGCAUGCAGCCUCUGAGGCCUUCCAGCGUCUUGGGUUGAAACAAAGACAUCUGGGCUAUGAGGAGCUGAGUGAACUGGACGGGGUGGAGAAACCACAGCCGCACUGGUUUCACACACUGCAGGUGCGACAGCUCCGAGUUCAGAGAGCCCGCAGUAACAGCGACCCGCUGGGAGGAAAGAGCUUCCAACAGGAGUUUCAGUGGAAAACAGGCCUGCAGUUUGGAAAUGCAACAUCUUACCUGAACCUCGAAAAACUUGGAGAAGGCACAUAUGCAACAGUGUACAAAGGAAUUAGCAGGAUAAAUGGCCAUCUGGUGGCUUUGAAGGUGAUUCACAUGAAAACUGAGGAAGGAAUUCCAUUCACAGCCAUAAGAGAAGCCUCCCUGUUAAAAGGCCUGAAACACGCAAACAUCGUCCUGCUCCAUGAUAUCAUCCACACGCAAGAGUCUCUCACCUUUGUCUUUGAGUAUGUGCAAACAGAUUUGGCUCAAUAUAUGAUUCAGCAUCCUGGUGGACUUCACUCAUACAACGUCAGGCUUUUCAUGUUUCAGUUGUUGCGAGGAUUGUCUUACAUUCACAACAGAAGGAUUCUGCAUCGAGACCUCAAACCUCAGAAUCUGCUCAUCAGUUAUUUAGGAGAACUCAAAUUAGCAGAUUUUGGCCUGGCCCGCUCUAAGUCCAUACCAUGCCAAACCUACUCUGCAGAGGUCGUGACUUUAUGGUACCGACCGCCUGAUGUUCUCAUGGGCUCCACUGAUUACUCCACUGCCCUGGACAUCUGGGGAGCUGGCUGCAUUUUCAUUGAGAUGCUACAGGGGUCAGCAGCGUUUCCUGGUAUAGCCGAUGUCUUUGAGCAGCUGCUUAAGAUCUGGACAGUUCUCGGUGUUCCGACCGAGGAGAGCUGGCCGGGUGUCAGUGAUUUGCCAAACUAUAAACCAGAGUGGUUCCUGCCCUGCAAGCCCCAGCAAUUUCGAGAUGUCUGGAAAAGGCUCGCUCAGUUACCUUAUAAGACGGAGGAUCUGGCCCAGCAGAUGCUGAUGAUGAAUCCAAAGGACAGGAUUUCGGCCCAGGAUGCAUUGCUGCACCCAUAUUUCAACACUCUUCCACCUCCGUUAAUGCAUCUAAGGGACACUGUGUCCAUCUUUAAGGUGCCAGGCGUGAGGUUAGAGGCGGAAGUGAGGGAUAUCUUCAGCCCAAGCAGACCAAUGAAAUCGCCUCUUGCCCCUUUAGCCAAGUGCUGGUGAAAGAUUCCAUUUUUUAAAUAAAAUAGUGAUGUGCUUGUGAAAAGCAUAAACGCAGAGAC